AAAAAAAAAACCCCCAUCUAGGAGGACCGAAGCCGCGGAUCUGCGCUCUGAAGCAUCUCUGUGUUUCCUCUCUCCUCAGGUGAACACACAGACACAGAGGCGCAGUGAGGAGGUGAAAUGAGAAACAAAUAAUAAUAAUAAUAAUAAAAGAAAAAAAAGAAAGACGCGCAGCCCAGCGCUCCAACUAUGGCUCCAACGACGCUCGUCGGAAAGCUCGCCCAGUCCGCUUCACAGGAGCGGGCUGCAGUGCAGGAUGAGAGGUCUGCUGUGCUCCACCGAGUGUGAGACCAGGAAGAAAUAUCACCUGACAGGCGGCCCUCCCCUCGGGGGACAGAAACAGACACCCUCGCUCCUCUCAACCUGGAAACUGGAGGCUGGAAACGGCUCAGUUCUGCCGUGCGUACAGUGCGCCUCCUCUCCUCACUUUCUCCUGGAGAGCGACCACGAGCCUUUCGUCUCUCUGACCAACUUGGGAAAACUUUGGCCCCCGGAUUACUGCCGCUGAGCCCGUCUCCAUGCAGGGAGCGCAGUGAGCAUCGUGCGCUCGGCUGCAGGGACUGGAAACGCAGCCUCGCUGUGAUAUUAUUCAAACUCCCGCAAAGUCUCUCAAAGUCCAGGGGCCACAGAAGCGAAGAUGCCGGUUCGGAGGGGCCAUGUGGCUCCGCAGAACACCUUCCUGGACACGAUCAUCAGGAAAUUCGACAGUCAAAGUCGUAAGUUCGUCAUAGCCAAUGCAAGAGUGGAGAACUGCGCCAUCAUCUUCUGCAACGAUGGCUUCUGCCACCUGUGUGGUUACUCGCGCGCUGAAAUCAUGCAGAAGCCAUGCACGUGUAACUUCCUGUACGGACCAGACACCAAGCGACUGGCCAUCGCCCAGAUGGCGCAGGCCCUGCUUGGGUCGGAGGAGAGGAAAGUGGAGAUCAACCUCUACCGCAAAGAUGGCCACUGCUUCCUAUGUAUGGUGGAUGUGGUGCCAGUGAAGAACGAGGAUGGCUUGGUGAUCAUGUUCAUCCUCAACUUCGAGGUCAUGUCAGACGAGGCACCGCAAGACCACAAAGAGGAGCUCAACCACCGCCUGCCCACCUGGCUUGUCACUGGUCGCCCCCGAGGCUUCAAGCUACGUCUUCCACUCCUGCGCUCCUUGUCCAACAGUAAAGCGUCUCUGGACGACGCAGAGGCCGGUCACAUUCCCACUGCUACACCCCUGCCGAGGCACCCAGACCACGAGAGUCGAGAGUCCGUAGGCCUGGGAGAGUUCCUGCCCCUUCCCCCUUUACCAUCAGACCACCACGAGCAAAUCAGUGGCAGCAGGUCAGCUCUACAGAGUUGGCCAGAAGACCGCCAGGAGGACCAGUGCACCCUACUGAGCUCUGACCCCCCUGUACCCCCUCCUCCACCACCACACAGAGGCAACCUGGUGGGUCCCCUCACCCAGUCGUCACCCUGUGUAGCACCUCACCACCGCCUCAGCCUCAACCCGGACUGUUCGGCCUCCAACUGCUCCUUGUCGCACAGCCGCUCACGGGAGAGCUUCCACAGCAUGCGUCGUGCCUCCUCCGUAGACGAGAUCGAGGCCAUGAGGCCUGACUGGGACCGUAAGACCCGGAGAGCGAGUAUGCGGCCGGGCACCGGUGCAGUAAACAGUAAGUCCAACAUACUGAACUCCACAUCGGACUCGGACCUCAUGCGGUACCGCACCAUUUCCAAAAUCCCUCAGAUCACCCUCAAUUUUGUGGAUUUCAAACCUGACCCCCUGAUCACCCUGCCCAGCGGAGAGAUGGACAUCAUAGCUCCCUGCAAACUCAUCGAUCGGACCCACCACGUCACAGAGAAAGUCACACAGGUGCUGUCUCUGGGUGCAGAUGUGCUGCCAGAGUACAAGCUCCAGGCUCCUCGCAUCCACAAGUGGACGGUGUUGCACUACAGCCCCUUCAAGGCGGUGUGGGACUGGCUCAUCCUGCUGCUGGUCAUCUACACCGCCAUCCUGACACCCUACUCAGCGGCAUUCCUCCUUAACGACCAGGAAGAAGUAGCCAUGCAGAAUUGCGGUUACUCGUGCUCUCCUCUCAAUGUGGUGGACCUCAUAGUGGAUAUCAUGUUCAUCAUUGACAUCCUCAUCAACUUCAGGACAACAUAUGUGAACUCUAAUGAUGAGGUGGUGAGCCACCCGGUGCGUAUCGCCGUCCACUACUUCAAAGGCUGGUUCCUCAUCGACAUGGUGGCUGCUAUUCCCUUUGACCUGCUCAUCUACCGCAAUGGAGAGGAGACCACCACUCUGAUUGGUCUACUGAAAACCGCUCGUCUCCUGCGAUUGGUGCGCGUAGCCAGGAAGCUGGACCGCUACUCGGAGUACGGCGCGGCUGUCCUCUUCCUCCUCAUGUGCACCUUCGCCCUCAUCGCUCACUGGCUAGCCUGCAUCUGGUAUGCCAUUGGUAGCGUAGAGAGGAGUGGUUCAAUUGGCUGGCUCCACACGCUCGGGGACCAGUUGGGAAAACACUACAAUGACUCUGUCCAAGGUUCGGGACCCUCAAUCAAAGACAAGUACGUCACAGCUCUAUACUUCACCUUCAGCAGUCUGACCUCUGUGGGAUUUGGAAAUGUGUCCCCGAACACCAACUCUGAGAAGAUCUUCUCCAUCUGCGUCAUGCUCAUAGGAUCCCUGAUGUACGCCAGCAUUUUUGGGAAUGUGUCAGCCAUCAUCCAGCGGCUGUACUCGGGGACGGCCCGCUACCACACCCAGAUGCUGAGAGUCAGGGAGUUCAUCCGCUUCCACCAGAUCCCCAACCCGCUCAGGCAGAGGCUGGAGGAGUACUUCCAGCACGCCUGGUCAUACACUAACGGCAUCGACAUGAACGCCGAUGAUUGGAAGCCUUUGUCUCAGCAUGCAUGGUCCGACACCUUCAGAGAAAAUAGGAAUGAUGUGCUGAAAGGUUUCCCAGAGUGUCUCCAGGCAGAUAUCUGCCUCCACCUGAACCGCACACUGCUCCAGAACUGUAAGGCUUUUAAAGGCUCCACCAAGGGCUGCCUCAGGGCGCUGGCCAUGAAGUUCAAGACCACCCACGCACCUCCUGGUGACACGCUGGUCCAUGCUGGGGACGUCCUCACUGCCCUCUACUUCAUAUCCAGGGGAUCCAUAGAGAUACUGAGAGGAGAUGUGGUGGUAGCCAUCUUGGGUAAGAAUGACAUCUUCGGCGAGCCUAUCAACCUGUAUGCCCGACCAGGUAAAUCCAACGCUGACGUGAGGGCUCUGACCUACUGCGACCUCCAUAAGAUCUUUAGAGAAGAUGUUCUGGAGGUGCUGGACAUGUAUCCGGAAUUUGCAGACAACUUCUGGAACAACCUGGAAAUCACCUUCAACCUCCGAGACACCAACAUGAUCCCAGGCUCUCCAAGCAGUGAUGACUCCAACUGUGGGGGAUUCAACAAAUUACGCAGACGCAAGUUAUCAUUCCGAAGACGCACAGAAAAAGAUGAUGCAGAUGCCGGAGAAAUUAAAAAGUCCCAUAAGUCUGUGAGACGAAGACACAGGGAAGCAGCCAACAACCAAAAACAGGAGGAGGCACCUAAGCGACAGUGGGAGGCACAUCGGAGCUCGGUGUCUUCACACUCCAGCGGUGACGAGGGGGAGGAGUCAGUUGUGAACAGACUAGCCCCUCCACCGACAAUGAUGGAGAACCCGCAUGCUCAGGCUAUGCACAUGAAGUAUAACGAGAACACCGAGGGUGAUGGAGACCCCAAGACUGGGAACACCUGCAACGCCCUGUCAGGUGCAUUCUCAGGCGUGUCCAACAUCUUUAGCUUCUGGGGGGAGAGUCGAGGGGGCGGUCAGUACCGAGAGGUUCCCAGCUGCAGCCUGGCAUCCCCCCCACCCCUCAACACGCCGCUGCACAGCCUGAGCCGACAGCAACGCAACCAGUUGGACACACGCCUGGACCUGCUGCAGAAACAGCUCAACAGGUUGGAGAGUCGCAUGUCAACGGACAUCGGAGCGAUCAUGCAGCUGCUGCAGAGACAGAUGGCCCUGGUUCCUCCUGCCUACAGCGCUGUCUCAUCACCACCUCAGGCCUCAUCCUACCCUGGUCCCGGCCCAGGACCAGGUCCAGGAGAGAGACUGGUCCAGCCUGUUACACCUCUGGAGACCGACACUCUGGCGUCUCUAUCACAGAUCUUGGAUUCCCAGGACUUUGAGGAGUUCCCAGCUAAGCCUCUUGACUCCCUGCAGCCACAGGACUCUCCACUGAUCAACACCAACCAGGGCCCGCUGGUCCCCUCUGGACUGGACAGCUUGGGGCAGCAACUGGAGCUAGAGCUGGGACUGGGGACCGCGGCUGGGGUCAUUUCGGGGCCAGCGGCAGGUUCAGGUUUAGCGUUAGAUUUAGGCAGCGGGGCAGCAUUGGGGUCAACCUUAGGUGCAGGGUUAGACUUUGGUUCAGGGGCGUGUAUGGGGGCUGGGGCUGGGCCAGCAGCUGGAACAGAGGUAUCUUCCCUGGAUCCUGAAACCCAAAGGAGGCUGUCCCUCCAAGAACCACAGACACCUCUGGACUCACGGACACCACAGAGACACAGCUCUGACCCAGGGGGGAGCUAAGGACGAGGUGAAGGGGGAGGAGAGUGGGAUGGAAGAGGAGAUACAGAGUGAUGUUUAAUCCUGCUGUAAUCCGACUGACACCCAGCUACUGUAUCUUCACUGUUGACCUCUCCACACAGGACACUGCUCAGAGAGAGUGAAGCCAGGUGGAGGGUCCAGAAAAGGUGGAGGCCUCCUCUCUCUCUCUCUGUCUCUCUCUUCCACAAGCCCUCCCCCUCCUCCCCUCUCCUCAUGAAUCAUGUGGAGCUUUCUGAACUCCACAACAGUACAACCUUUAACCAAAACCACAAACAGAGCAGAGAGGAGCUCUGCCUCUUAAUGAACACAGUCCAGAUCAACCCAGACUGGUCUGAACCACUCAGUCAUCCACUAAUGAUGACACAUCGUCACACACAUCAAUGACUGCUAACCUGUAGAAGAAUCCCUUUACUGCUGUAUCCAGUGUUGGAUGACUGACGAGAACAAGAAAAGACAACAACCGAGAGAAUAAUGACGAAACAAGUAGCCAUUUAAGUCUUGCACUGAAAAUCUAUUGAUAUAUUGAUUAUUAUUCUAUUCUCUAUGUCCGUGGCGCUUCCGAUAAACUCAAACCGGUUGGUAAAUUGUAGUGUUAGCUGGCCUAACAGGAAACCUUCUGUCCCGUUCUGUUAUUGGUUCCUUCCCCCUGACGUCCUGCCCCGACACGGCGGAGCCGACGCUCCCCCCUUCCCAAGAGCACACUGGAUUGGCUGGUUUGCACCUCAGGGGUGGGAACUGGAGGGUUAAAAGCCAUGAAUUUACUCGACGAACAUAUCAGCUGCCCUAUCAUAAACAUUGUACAGAUUUGCUAGUGAGUGAAGAACAUAUGGCAUUAGACAGGCAGAGUCGCAAACAGGUAAACUGGCAAACUUACAGGAUUACCACGGGAACAGUGCACCAAAAGAACUAACUAUACAUCUGUAAAGAGGCAGGAAAGCCCAGCUGACUAAUCGUGACCUUACACAGAGACAAGACGUUGUGUUUGAUGGAGGUGGCAGUGACACACUGGCCUGCUCUGGUUUCUAAAAGUCAAGCACAUGCAUCAAAGAAAAGAAAAGAGUGAUUCUAGUUCAUCAUAGUUGAAUUUGCUACCUCAGAUUUCAUCGGUCCUUACUUUAUUUUAUUUUAUUUUUUCACCUGAGCAAGAACCCGGAACGCUUUCACCUUGUACAUACAUACAGUCUGUCAUGUGAUAACGUAAAUAUACAAGUUUGCCAGUUUACAAUGACCAGCCGAAUGCGCCAUUAUUCUAUGUACGGUACAAUAUGCAAACACUGGCAGGAAGAGACGAGUGAGUGCGCUCUAAUCUUAUUACGUGUGUGAUGCGUUCAGGUCCAAAGCUUUUUAUGCGUGUUUGUCCUUGUGUUGUUUUGUUGUUCGGUCUGCAGAGCAUGGCGUGUAUGUUUGCUUCCACACACACACACACACACACACACACACACACACACACACACACACACACACACACACACACACACACACACACACACACACACUGUCGAGGGUCACUGGAUUCUGAUGUUGAGGACGAAUUUGUUUUCUUUGCCCCACACUGAUUUGAACGGCUUUGAAACAGGCAAAUGACAGAUUCAGUGUUUGUGUUUUGAAACGAGACAGCACAAAUCAAAUAAAAAAAAACAUUUACAUUGUAGGCUUUAGUAUACUUAGGAGAUCAUCCAACAGUUUUUAAUACUAAGAAAUGCAGCAUGUCCACACAGACUGACCAAUCAGAUCGUCAUUAAAUCCGAGUCUGUCCAUCUGUCACACUGCACCGUUCAUCAGAAGUUACCAUGACUCAGGUUUCUUGUGAUUUACUGGCUCUGUACCGCCUUGCUGUAUGACAUACUGUAGACCACCUUCUGCCACAGUAUCUGACAGAACAGCAGUUUAUGAGAGGGAGGGAGGGAGGGCAUAGACGUGAUCGUGAAACUGUGAACUGAAAACAUCUUUCAGACCUCCAUCUUUCAUCUUCCUGCAUCAUGUGCAUACACUUCAUCAAAACAGUGCAACACCUCACCGUGUCCUGACGGGAGACUGACAGCUUCAUGGUGAAUGAUUAUGAUAUGAUUUCCUUUGUUUAUGAAUGUUCUUUUGACUUCAGUCAUGCUGCAGUGGUCAGUGAGCAGGAUGACCAACAUAAUAUUAAUAAUAAUAAUAAUUGCAUGUAAGUGCAUGUACAUCCCACACUGUAUAGACUCCCCCCGUUGUCAUUUUCCACAGGAUUCCGGAUGAGUUCAUACAAAAAUGUCUAAAGUGGUGAAGGAAAUGAACAUGUGCCAGUGUAAAGACCUCAGGGCAGACAGAGAGAGAAAUAAUAAGAGCAGGUUCAAUGAUACCCUUUAUUAUCAAACUGAAAUCACUUUUCUAAUAUCUCCAAAACCUUUCAGUUUGUCACGCUUUAGUUUUGAGUUGUCAAGAUAAAGGAAAAUAUCUUCAACAUCUUCAAAUUGUCUUCCCUGAUCUCAAAUUCUACGGACAUCCUUCCCUGCCCCGCACACUGAGGAGGCAGAGCCCGGCGAAGUGCAAUAGUCCUUUAAACAGUUCCGACUUGUAGCAGCGUAACCGCACUCGUUCAUUUUUAGCACUUUAUUUCUUAAACAGUGCAGAUGUUUAAUAAAGACUCAGGAACGCGUCAUCUGUGUUAGAGGAUUCAUUUUCCUUUUGUCUCCAAACCAACCAAUCAGAGGGAAGGAAGGUAAGACAGAAACACUGGAGGAAGGUGACGUUCACAGGGUGACAUCCUGAACCUUAACUCUGGUGGAAUCCCCCUUUAAUGCGGAAUUGUGAAGAUUGUAUUUUGCUGCUUGCUGGUCUAAGCUGUUGUAUUUAUUUAUUGUUGUAGGAUUAUUAUUGUUUGUCUAUGGAUUGUACUUAUGAUAUAUCACAGCUCAUUCAUCGGAGCGAGUGAAGGCUUUCUGUGUAAACGUGUAACUUCUACUGUUCAUAAUCCAACCAUUUGUCAAUAUUUAUUCAAUAUUUAUGGGUGUACAUGCUCUCUGAGCAGUACACAUUUUUAUUCUCAUUAAUAAUUCUGAAGCGAUCAAUUCCAGAACGCACACAGAGCCACGUCGUGCAGGUGUCCUGUUCUACCUGUCCUCAGUCGUCUUCAGUGUGUCUUUGCUCUGUGCACUACUUGGACCGUGUGGCUGUACGUACAGCUGAUGUCACGCUUUGCAGAGGUGCACUUUAGUAUCCAACCAAAGCAAGUGAUCGCUGUAACAAAUGAUCAUUGGUGCCUUUUCAAACUCGGCUCUGUGAGUGAAAAAAACAAGAACGUUGGCCCUAAGUUGUGAAUGCAGCUGAGAUGUUAAAGUUCAACCAAUGACAUUUUUACAGUGACUUUAAGAGUUUUCGAGGGUGUGAUCAGGACAGUUUGGAAAACCUGAACCCAGAGAAUUAUUGUGAAGGUGAUUCCUUUCAGAUAAUAUGUUGUUAUUGGAGCUGGUCACACAGUUCGAUGUAAGUGAACGCAUCACGUUUAAAGCUGAUAAGCUCACACUGACCAAAUCUACUGACUUCUUCUUACUACUGAACCCUGAAUCUGCUUGUUGUUGUUUGUUUCAUUUGGUUUAUUUUGCCGACACACCCAUCACCACCACUUAGUUCUCACCAGCAGUCCCUGCCUGUGGUCACCACCAUCACAAAUCAGUCUCUGAUCAUAGAUAUCCAGUAAACACCCAGUAGAUCUGGAUUCCAUCAAGCUUUACAGUGCAGUGCUGAGGUUCUGGUUUUUCGAAGCGGGCUCUCCUCUUCAUUUCACACACACACACACACACACGCACACACACGCUGUAGCGAGAGUGUUGUUAGUGUUCAAUAACAGUCACCUAGUGGCCUGAACUGUAUCUUUACAUUCAGAACUAUGACCUCAAAGCUAGAAUGUGGUUGUCGUUGACUUCUUAUUUGACCUUGUAUGUGACGGUAGAUCUUAGAGGAAUAUUCGAUGCUAGAGAAUACAUUUAUGUAAUGCAUACUGCAUAUUAUAACAGUAGAGGGCGCACUUUGAGAAAAAAAAAA